AUGCAAUCUAAGCAACUAGUUUGGACAAAAGUCAACAAUAAUCAGCUAGCUAGUUGUCUAGUCGCGCAAUUCCUGGCCCACGAACAAAUCCCAGCAUCAUCCCACCCCCCAAUCAACACCGACUGCAUCGUGAUAUGCGUUUCGGCAGUGCUUUAUCCCGCAACGACCGUUUUCAAACACCUAGAGCGCAAUCCCCAACUAACUAAAACACUGGUGCUAUGCGGUGGAAUCGGCCAUUCCACGCCUUAUCUCUACGAGGCCGUAUCCAAGCACCCAGACUACGCACACCUCAUCCCAGAAAUCACAGGCAAGCCAGAAUCUCACGUCCUGCAUACUAUCUUCACCCGGUGCUUUGAUGCCACCUUCAUCCAGAAAUCCGGCUGCACGGUUCUACUAGAAGAUAAGUCCACGAAUUGCGGCCAGAAUGCCACAGAAACACGGGCAUUAUUAGCAAGGAAUGGUAUUCCGGAACCUAAAUCUAUGAUUGUUGUUCAGGAUCCUACCAUGGCUCGGCGGACGGUUGCCUCAUUUGAAAAGGCGUAUGCGCCGAGGCCCCCAAACUUGCUCAGCUGGCCGAUUAUAGUGCCCCGAGUUAAGAUGGAGGGGGGUGAGUUGGUGUAUGAUUAUGAUGAUGUUGAUGAGAGUAUGCCAGGGGUGACCGGGGGUUUGUGGAGUAUGUCACGCUUCUUGGGUCUGGUUCUGGGUGAGAUCCCACGGUUGAGGGAUGAUGAGCAUGGGUAUGGGCCCAUGGGUAAGGGGUUUAUUGGUCAUGUUGAUAUUCCUGAGGAGGUUGAGUGCGCGUUUUCUAGAGUCCAAGGGGGGUUAGGAGAGAAUUUGGUGAAGAGAUAG